AUGGUUGAAUUUGAAGAGUAUUCGGGCAUGCAAAUUCUUUCACAGCAGCAACCACAACCUACAAUAUUGACUCCCGUAUCGGAUCAUGCUUGUUUUGUUACCAUAGAAUUAUUGAGCGAGUGUUUUGAGAAUUUACAAAUUCAAUGGGAAUGCAUGGAUGCUUGUUUAAAUUUAUUGAAAUUAAUGAAUUCAUCACCAUCAUUAUUAUUAUCAUCGGGUGAAUCAUCAUUCAACAAUGAUGAACAAGAUUGUGGAGUAUUGAUGAGUAUUGGAUUUGGACGUCAAUUUCUAGAAUCUAUUUUACGAAAUAUUUCCAAUACUGAAUCAAUGAACAACCAAACCAAUCAUCAUUCCGAGCAUUCUUCUCCAAUUAAUUUUAUCAAACAAUAUUUAAAAUCUUCUGACUUUACAGAAUAUCCCAAAGAUUUGAAAGGAAAAUUUGGUGGAUUUCCCAACACUGGAGGUGAUAUUUUCCUUCAUAUUAAAUCGAACAAUAUGGAUGGCGCUUUUCGAUGUAGCAUGCAAGUGUUAAAUCAUGCCAGCAUUGCUCCACAUGUAAAACGAGUACAAGAUGAAACAUUUGGAUUUUUACAUCGAAAAAACAUGAAAAAAGGUUUAGGAAGAGAUUUAUCUGGAUUUGAGGACGGAACUGAAAAUCCAAAAGAAUUGGAAGAAAAAAUUGAAGCAGCCCUUAAUGAACACGGAGAUUCGUUUUUACUGGCUCAGAAAUGGGUGCAUAAUUUAAAGUUUUUCAAUUCUCUUCCAUUGAAAGAGAGGGAAAAUGAUAUUGGAAGAACCAUGGAUGAAAGUAUCGAGUUGGAGGACAAAUCUCCAAACUCUCAUGUGGCACGAGUAUCAUUGGUGGAAGAAGACGGACAUGAAAUUGAAGUGAUUCGACAAUCCAUGACAUUUGGCACUUCUUCCCAACAUGGUCUCUUCUUUUUAUCGUUUGCCAACUCUACUCUGACUUUUAUUCAUCAAUUGGAGAGUAUGGUAGGCGUUGGAAAAUUUGCAACUCCCGAAGGUCACAAUGAUCAUAUUAUGAGAUUUUCUACGAAUGUGUUGGGAUCGUUUUAUUAUGUACCCUCAAUGAAAAGCUUGACAAUGUUGAUUGAGACCAUGUCGCCACUGGUACUUAAACGACACCGUACAUUAUUGUCUCGAGAAGAAAACAUUUAUAGAUUGAGCAAACUGUGA